AAUUGCAAUAAACGGUCGCUUGCGAUCUUCAAAAUCAAAUCGAUAACUUGCAGGUGCAGAUUCUGGUGCGUUGGAGUAAAAUGGCAACCGCUUGCAAUCGACUGACAUGGUCGCUGGUAGUGGUGGUGGCGGUGAUGGCGGUCAUGUGCUCAUCCGCGGAGGCUGCCGACAAGGAGGGCUUUCCCGUGGCCAUAAUCCACAUAAAUGAUUUGCACGCCAGGUUCGAGGCCACGGACACCUCCGGUGGCACCUGCGACGAGGGCGAGGAGUGCAUCGGUGGCUAUCCGCGCACCGUUUACACCGUGAAGCGUCUGCUUCAGGAGCAAGCGGAGCUCAAUCCCAUCUACAUCAAUGCCGGCGACAGUUUUCAGGGCACGUUGUGGUACAACAUCGGUCGAUGGAACGUUACGCAGCAGCUGCUGAACCUUCUGCCCGCCGAUGUGAUGACCCUCGGCAAUCACGAGUUCGAUCACGGUGUGGAGGGCGUGGUGCCAUUCCUAGAGACGGUGGACACCAAUAUGCUGGUGGCCAACAUGGACUGCGCCCACGAGCCCACCAUGGAGGGCAAGUACAACAAGUCGAUGAUAAUCGAGCGAUCGGGCCGCAAGAUUGGUGUGAUUGGUGUUAUCCUGGAGACAACCUACGAUCUGGCCAAUACCGGUAAGGUGAUCUUUCGCAACGAGAGCGACACCAUUCGCGAGGAGGCGCAGCUGCUGAAGGCCCAGGGUGCCAACAUCAUCAUUGUCGUCUCCCACUGCGGCUACGAUGUGGAUCAGCAGAUCGCUGCGAAUGCCGGCGAUUGGAUCGACGUCAUCGUUGGCUCCCAUUCGCACACCUUCCUCUACACGGGUGAUCCGCCUGGGCCACACACGCCAUCCGGUGAUUAUCCCACCGAGGUUAUCCACAGCUCUGGCCACCGCGUGCUCAUUGUCCAGGCAUCGGCCUAUGCCCGCUACGUGGGCAACCUGAUCGUCUAUUUCGAUGACAACGGCGAUGUGCUGGACUACGAGGGUGAUCCGCUCUACAUGGACCAAUCCGUGCCAGAAGAUGAUAUCGUUCUACAAGCCAUGGUGCCUUGGCAACUCGAGAUGAAACCCAUUGCCGAGCGGACAGUGGGCCAGAGUCGCGUGAAUCUCCAGCAGAGUCAGUGCAGCAGUGGGGAAUGCAAUCUGGGUAACUUCUUCACCGAUGCUAUGCUUCAUGCGUUUGUCAAGGAUGCUUCAUCGUCGUCUGAAGAGAGUUGGAGUAACGUGACCAUUGCCUUGACAUCAACGGGAACUUUUCGAGUGCCUAUUCCAGCUGGCAACAUCACCUACAAGCAAUUGUUUGCCAUGUGCCCAUGGCAGAAUAGACUGGUGACCCUCAGUCUGCGUGGUAAGCACAUUGUGGAGCUGCUGGAGCAUGUGGUGGCGCCCAUGAAUGCCAGUUCGGCCACGCCGCGUUCCUCCCGAUUCCUCCAGGUUUCCGGUCUCCGUAUCCGUUACGAUUUGAACGCCGAUCAGCGAGUAUUCAGUGUGCGAGUAAGAUGCUCCAAGUGCCUGGUGCCCAGGUAUAUUCCACUCGAUUUGGAGCACAAGUACCGCGUGGUCGUCAUGGAGUACCUGGCGAAUGGGAAGAACGGAUUUAGCGUAAUCAGCGAAAAUGCAGAAGAUCCAGAGUUUGGUCCUUUCGACUUGGACGCCUUAAUGGACUACAUGAACUCCACCGGGCCAAUUACGACUGCAAUCGAGCAAAGGAUUCAGUUUGUAACUACUUAGACUUUAUAGUAUGGUCGAAAAAUGUAGUAAACCUAUAUAAUAAAAUAUACAUAUGUAUGGUUUCAUUUUG